AUGGAAACAGUUUCUUAACAAAUAAAACAAUUGAAUCAGAAAAAUCAAGAACUCUCAGUGUUAGAAAACAGAAUAGUCUAAUUGAAAUAAUAAUUGAAUUUGCAAUAAGCAAACAAUAAUAUCUUGAAAACUAAAGUAGAUAAGAUAGUUCACUCCAAAAAACAAAAGUUUUAUGAUCAAAUGAAGUUGAACCAAAUACUCCAGGAUAAUGCUGUAAAUAAUGACUAAGCUUAAUAUAUGAUUCAAAGAAAUAAAGUGUUAUUGAAUGAAGAACUAAGACAAACUAAAUAGGAUAUGUUGGAAGAAAAGUAUCUUCAAACCUAAUAGAUGAAAUAAAAAUUGGAUUUAGACAUGCUUAUUAACUAAAAAAAAAGAGAUCAAUAGCUAUUAGAGAAGUAGUAAUAAUAUGCAAAAAUUUCAGAGUGGGAAUUUAAUCUUAAACUUGAUUUAAAAUAAAGACAGAUAGAUAAAAUUGACAGAAUCAGAUCAGAAGAAAAGGAGUUCAAAGAACAAUUAGCAAAAAGAAUAUUAGAAUAACAUCAGCUAUGUGAAUAAUUGACCAAUCAAGAAUAACGAUUGUUAAGCAAAUUAAAACAUUCGCAAUAGUUCGGAACCUCACUUAAAAAUGAUCUAACAACUGCAAUGCAUUUAAGUAUAAAGGAGUAUAAAAAUAAUAUGUCUGUGUCAAUGCCCACUCAUGUUAAAUCUUACAGUUCUUCCAAAUUACCAAAGGAACAAUAACGUAGUCCUUAUGCCCAAUUGCCUACUAUGCUCAUGAUGAAAAUAAAUGGAUAAAUCAAUAAGAGCUAAAAUGAAAACUCUUUUUUUCGUGAAAAUAUUAUGAAAGGGUAUCAAUUUUCUUUGCCUUCUCUUUGUAAGCCUUCCUUUACAGAAUAGUAACAACAAGUCGAACGGCUUUAUUAAUCCAAAACAGUGAAGAAUAGUAAGUCAGAUUUGCAGUAGAUACUGAAUUAUUGUGAUUCUACAGGUAAAAUAGAACAGAAAUAAAAACAUCGUAUGAAUUAAAGCGAAAUAUUGAAAAACUAGGCGAGUACUUAUUCGAUAAAGGAAAAUAAAUAGAACUAACAAGAGUAAGAGUAAAGUAAAUAGUAAUAAUCAGAAGAAAUGAAAAUUAAUAAGGAUGAAGAAAUAUCGAAUCAGAAUUAAUAAGAAGAAUAACAAUGA